AUGGAGCUGAAUCAGGGCGACGACGAUACGAGCUUGACCUUGGCUCGGCACGCACUGAAAUGCAUGACAGCAUUUGAUAGGUUCUUGGCCGCUGCGCAAACGAGACAAAGGUUCAUUUUCAUGCAACGCAAGAAGAACAACUUUUUCUAUUGGGCGACGGCCAUGAAAGUAUUCGAGCCGCCAGAGGUCUCGUUGGACCACCGGCUCAGAGACAGUCCCGCAAUGGUCGAGAAGAUACAUCAGCUCUUUGACGUCAUUCUUUAUACCCUCACUCCUGAUACAGUCAGCGCGCACACUUUGCAGUCCGAGGAACCUCCGACCACGAAGAAACGACGUCUUUCAGAAUCGGGCCGCGCAGAAUUUGACAGAAAAAAUGAGGAACCGAGCAAUACCAAUAGUAGUCGGGAUGAAUUCGACAUCACUUUGGCCCAGAUGGACUUUACAAUCGGCGGAACAGUGGCGUCUCUCUGGCGCUUGUUUUACGACCUUCGGCUGUCCAACGAUUCGGCAGAGGCAAUCCCUCUGAACCCAAGCUUAGACAAGGGCUGGUCUUCUUCGUCUAAGCCUCAUUCAAACCACACGCACAACACCUGCGGGAAGAAAUCGCCGAGCUCCAUCUAG